AUGCCAACGGCACUCCCGGACCGACCCUGGCAGCGGCUCAGUGUCAAUCUCUUCUACACAAAAGGUUCCACGUAUCUCUUAGUGGCUGACUGCUACUCGCGCUACUUCGAGAUUGCGCUCCUCGAAGAUGAGCGGCCUGUAACAAGCAUACAGAAGAUGAAAUCAAUCUUCGCGCACCACGGCAUUCCAGAUACUGUUGCAACUGACAACUGGCCACAGUUUCAUCCCUGCAAUACAUCAGAGUUUUCGAAAUUCGCGAGAGAGUGGGGAUUUAAACACGUGACAUCAAGCCCGAAGUACCCACAGAGCAACGGAUUCGCCAAGGCGGCAGUGAAAAUCGCCAAACAGAAGAUAGCCAAGGCAGCUGACCCCUACAAGGCUCUUCUGGCGUACCGUGCAACACCUCUAGAGAACGGCUAUAGCCCAGCAGAGCUACUUUUCGGCCGGCGUGUUCACACCACAGUUCCGAUUUCUCCACACAUGCUGAAGCCGACACUCGCAGACAGUCAGCGACUUCAAAAGACCAAGCAAGGAAUCAAGCAGCGGCAGGAAAGGAACUACAAUCAUCGCCGCGGUGUCCGUCGUUUACUGGUCCUGAACCCAGGGCAGCAAGUGUGGAUAAAAGACCUCAAACGCAGAGGUGCCGUCUUAAGACGGGCUGACUCGCCACGCUCAUACUGGAUCCAAUGCGAAACGGGCACUGUCCGCCGCAACAGAAGACACCUCGUCAAAGACAGCGCAGGUGUGGCGUUGGACAAUCAUUCGGCAUCACUGGACAUGCCAUCUCGUCUGUCUGCUCAGGCUCCAGGCAUGAAGCAACCGGGAACGACGCAGUCGACACCGACCGCGCCUUCACCCUACGUCACCGCGCACGGGAGAACUGUGCGCCCUCCUGCACGGUUCCGUAACUGA